GUUGAUCGUCUUGCCUAUUCCCCUGAUGUACAAGAAUCACAGGCUGUAAAUCUUCUAGAAAUAUUCAACAAUUUAAUACAAGACAUCACUGACCAAUCACGUUUAAUCUCAUCGUUAAUUAAUCCUCAGGAUAUAACUCCGACUGUAAGCAAUUCACCAACACCGACAACAAGUCAACCAGGAGGUCAGGUGGAAGGUGGACUACCAUCACAAACAAUGGAAACAGUGAAUGAAACAGCUCCUUCUGAAACUGUACCACCGUUGGCGACAGAACCUUCUGAAGUACCAGAAACAGCAGUGGAAUCAGAACCACAAGCAUCAGCGCCACCAAUUUCAGAGGAGAAAUUAACGGUUCAAGAAUCUGAAGUUGAACAAAAAGUAAAACACAAAACAUCACUGCCAGGACAAGAUGCAACUGAUAUGGAUUCCUAUGAAAAAGUCAAGUCACUCACAGGAUUCUCUCAACAAGUUCUGUUGACACCAGAAGUUACUGAUCUCAUAAAAACAAUCACUGAUCAUAUACGAUCAGCUAUGUACGCUGCAAUGGAUUAUCAACAACAACUGGAGAGUAAUUAUUCCUUUUAUUGGACUGAAGAUCGUACAGAAUUUAUUAAACAAUUUUGUCGUUAUGGUCGUCUAUUAACUAAAGAUGAUAUCGGUCCCACAGGGGAAAUUGAAGCGCAUGAAAAUCCGCCAACGCUAGAUCAAUUUCGUGAACAAAUUAUUAAAUAUGAUCGUGUUUUUGAAGAAGUUGAACGGAUAGAUGAUUCAAAAUUAUUUGAUUCAUGGUUAAAGGCUAAUUUGAAACCAUUUAAACAAUCCCUAUUAUCAGUGAUUAGACAAUGGAGUGAUAAAUUUAAACAAUAUCUUCUUAGUCAUGUUACAACUACUCUUGAGAAUUUACAACAAUUUGUUAAGAAUAGUCAAGCAGAUUUAGAAAUUCCUACAACUGAUAUCGAAUCAGUGGAAUAUAACAAAUUAGUCACAAUACUAGAGCGCUUAAAGUUAAUACGUGAAGCUGAAGAGGCAACAGAUGCUGGUUUUGAACCAUUAAGAGAGACUGUAGCUUUAUUAAAAGAAUUUGGUGAAGAAUUACCUGAGUCAAUGAAUAAAUUAUUAGAA